CUCCUCUGACGAUGCCCCAUGCCCAGAGGCAGCAGAUGUCCAACGGCAGCUCCAUCACCCAGUUCCUCCUCCUGCCAUUCGCACACACACGGGAGCUGCAGCUCUGCCACUUCUGGCUCUUCCUGGGCAUCUCCCUGGCUGCGCUCCUGGGCAACGGCCUCAUCAUCACCAGCACAGCCUGCGACCAGCGCCUCCACACCCCCAGGUACUUCUUCCUCCUCAACCUCUCCCUGCUGGACCUGGGCUGCAUCUCCACCACUGUCCCCAAAUCCAUGGCCAAUUCCCUCUGGUUCGACUUGAGACCUCCUGGGGUCCCUUCUAACCCUUGUUCACUUCUGAUCGUACAAUGA